UAGUAUUAGUUUUUUGUACGCCUCCGUGGCGGUUGGAUGUGGUUCCCGUAACUACGCACAUUUUUGAUCGUGGGACGUGGGACUGCGUACGUGUUGUCCCUGUUUUCCUUUUACUUUCAUAAUCGUUGACUGGCGUAGGAGAUAGAGUGUAACAGCUCUCCUCAGAGUCACUUAUUGAAUCAGAAUUCGAAGUCGAAUCAGAAGUUAGUAUUGAUAAUAAUAUAGUGAGUGAAAGAAUAGAACAAAAUGAAUUCAAAAGAAAUAAAAGGAUGGCAGCUACUUGUCGUUAAGGAACAAAAUGAAUAUUAAAGCAUGCUAAUGAAUAUUAAAACAUCUACUUCAUUAACUUCUUAUCAAAUCAUUCAACAGAAAAUUGAUGUUUGAAGAAAAGCUGUUCGUAAAGACAACGACAGCUCAAUAUGAAGAAUUGGUAAAAUAUAUGGAGUCACAUUUAGAAUUUGCCACAAAUAAGUAUUUAACUAAAGAUGGUAAAAUCCAUCACGCUUAACAAUGGGAGCAGUUGGCAGAAAUGCUUAAUGCAUUGUCUGCAGGCAAUAAGAAAACAUCGAAGCAGUGGCAGACAGUUUGGCGUGAUUUAAAAAGUAAUGCUUCAAAGAAAGCAGCAAAAUUACGCUAUGAAAGGAAUCGGACAGGAAAUUUUCCAUUGAAUUCAGAAAGUCUCGAUAAUUUGCAACAACGUAUUGUUGCCUGUAUGGGGCUACAAUAUGUUGAAGGUGCACAUGAUUGUCCGGACAGUACUCCGGAACAAGAGAAACAUCAACUUCAACUAGGACAUGGGAACGAUGAUGUUCUAAACAUUCCACCAGAGACGACGUCUAUAAGUGAAAUUUUGAAUAUGGAAAAAAACGCAGAUAUCGAUAACGUUUUUGAAAUAAUGGAGACUAAUACAAGUAACGGAAACGAUUUGACAUAUAAUGAUGUUAUGCAAUGUUUAAAUAAUGAAGACACUACAAUGAAAAGGCCGACAGGCUUAAAAAAAGCAACAUCAAAGAGACUGCAACAAAAAAAGAAGGAAAUAUAAUAUUGUUUGCGGAGGCUUCAAUAAAGCAAACUGAUGCUGCAAUGAUGCAAGCAGAAAAUGUACGUGUACAGAACACCUUGGAAGAAAAAAGAUUUUUAAUGGAGGAAAGAAGAUUAGAAGUAGACGAAAAACUGAUUACAACUUUAGAUAAUAUGCAUAAAUUAAUGGAAAAAAUACUAUUCAAUUAAUACGUCAUAAUCACAUAAUAUAAGAACGUUUUUAUAUCUUUAUAACUUAUUAUAUGUUAUGGUUAAAAAUGUUACACACUUUAUAUU